AAUUAGAUACUAUUUAUGUAAUUUGAUUCUAAAGAAAAAUUAACUAAAUCUUUAAACUGCAUCUUCUAUAACCAAAAUCCGGCCGGAUAUUCGGAUAGCAGAAAAACGGCCGGUUAAGCCAUAUUCCGGAUAUCUACCAUCUACAUCUCUAAUAAAUAUGUCUGAUAACAUAGCUAAAAGUGGACAUGUCUGCAUUCACCGUGUAAAUGAAAACUGCUUACGAAAGUCACUUUAAAUGCAAGGUGUAGGGGUCUCGAGAUUUUCCAGACGGUCGGUAACCUUUUUUAAUAACGACUUCAGCUUUGUUAUCUGAUCACACUGGCUGCGAGCACUUUGUCAAUUAAACGAGAAAACAUAUGUUUUGAAUUUAUCAUAUAUUUUAUUGUUUUCAUUUCAUCGCACGAACUUGGAGAGGAAAAAUGAUUUUGAAUAAUAAUCGAUUGUAAUUGUUUUGAAUCCGCUGGACCAGGAGCAGAGAGCAUUGUUUGUUAGUAUUGCUGUUUAUUCAUGUGGACAAUGCUGAAAAACGUUCAAAUGUGGCUCGGAAAUAAGCAAUUUAUAAGUUUUUUUUGCAAGGAAUUAUCCACCGCUGUAGGUAGCAACGCAAAUUUUUCCCAAAGAGCCUUUUUCACAUUCAAUGACCUAACGAAUAAGAAUCGGGAAUAUGUAAAAAAGGAAUUAAUUGGAUACUCAAUGAAGGAAAUGUACGAUGUGGUUGCCGACGUACCAAACUAUCAUGAAUUUGUACCAUACGUAAAAAAAUCGCUGGUACACAAUCGUAGAAAAGAUGAGUUCAAGGCUGAUCUUAUUGUCGGUUUCCCACCACUUAAUGAAAAAUAUACGUCGAAUGUUUCGCUGAAACCUCCAGCUCUUGUGAGAUCCGUUUGUAACGAUGGGAAAUUAUUCACUUUUUUACUAAACGAAUGGCGCUUUAGUCCUGGUCUGAAAGAUAUUCCCCAGUCGUGUGUUGUCGACUUCAAAGUAACUUUCGAAUUCAAAUCGCUGUUACAUAGCAAUAUUGCAAAUAUAUUCUUUGAAUUAAUUUGCGAUCAAAUGGAGCAUGCAUUUGUAGCUGAAGCUGAGAGACGAUAUGGACCACCUUCGAUUAAAUCGCAUAUAUUGUCUUGGCGAAGAUCUUGACCGAGGCUCAAUGAACAAGUUAAAUCUAAGUAAUAUAGUGUUGAAGAGCUUGUAUGUGAUUGUUGUAUUUUAUUAUUAUUUAGUAUUUAAGAUAAACAAUGCAGCCAAAUGAAACUAGCACAUAUGUACAUAUUACAUUAGGACAUAUGGACCUUUCCAGCGUUAAGUACCGCAAAAAAAAAGAAAAAUAAAAAAUAAAGUCCUCUUAUUUAU